AUGUCUUCGACACCCAUCCCACCCGCGAGAACAGAUCUUCAAGCUAAUUUCUUGUCUACGCCAAACAUGAUUUUCAAUACUCCCAGUACAGCGCGACAUGCAGGUCCAUCAUCUCCUUUCGCGCCCCAUACGUCAUCGCCACUUGCAACUCCUGCCAGACGAGUGUCAUACAAACGCCAACUCCCAGGCAGCAGUCCGAGCCUGGGCAUAAAUCGGAUAAUGAAAAGGGCAAAGUCGGGAGAAGAGAGUCCUCAAAAACAACUUGCUCGAGAAAGGCUCAAGGCUAGAUGCAUGCAACGCGUCGAACAAGACCGAUCCCGGGCCUUGGCGCGAGCUCGUGGGACAAGGCCAAACUUCGGGAUGAGCGAAGCGAGCAGUGAAGCCGGAGAUAUCGACAUGGACGACGAAGAUGACGAAGAUAUCGACGAGGAGACACUGAGGCGUAUCAUGAUCUCCACUAACCGACGGGCUUUGCAUCGCCAUCGCGUUUCGUAUGAGCUCGAGGUAGGAUCUGAUAUCGGAGAGGUCGACGAGAUGGAAGCCGCUUUUGGUUUGGUUUCUGAAGUAGAAGAAAUUCCUGACGAUAUUGAGAUCGAAUACGACGAUCCCGCCGCCGAGUACGAAGCCUAUGUCUCAUCCACACGAUCCUCUGAGGCACAAUCACUAUCUGAGGCGGACCUGGCCCAGAUACUCCCCGCCUUUAUCUUCUCGCUGUCGAAUUCAGGGUGUCCUUGUCCGUUUUGCGAUUCACAAACACUACAAACUGGUCCGAACAAUACAUUUGGCUGCAUGACCUGUCAGAGAGAGAUAUCGAUUUCAUCCGCUGCUUUAUCAUUUGCGGAGCACAUUCAGGAAGUACAUGCCCCUCAUGAGCAUACCCCUUUAAUUGCCUCUGAUCCGAACUUGGGAACCUUGUUUCUAUGUACAGGUGCCGGGUGUGACUGGUGUGAAGCUCUUGACUAA